AUGGUUCUCGAAGAUCAGAGAUUUAUCCAUGAGGAUCUCGAGCGGCUGGAGCAAGGAAUUGCCGACCGGGUGGCUGAAGAACCUCGAAAUAUACGUGAAAGACUCGCCCGAGACCAUCAGAUCGCUGGAUUUCUGGAUCGCAUAGAAGAACAGUCAAAAAGAUUACACGAUAUCUACAAAGAUGCCGAAGGUCUACGUGCUCAGGAAAUUCAGUCCAUCUCCACAGGCGAUGCGUUCGAGGAAUUUUACAAGCGCUUAGAUCAGAUCAAAGACUUUCACAAACGCUACCCCAACGAGCCGGUCGAAAAUUUGGAACGCGCAUACAAACGACGACAUCCGGGAGAGGGCGAAAGUUUCGCCCCCGAAAUAGAUUCCAUGUUCACCGGAGAAGAGGCAUAUGGACAAUUUUUGGAUUUGAUUCAGCUCCACGAGGACUACCUCAACAUUCCUGGCGUCAAACGAGUCACAUAUAUUCAAUAUAUCGAUCAAUUCGAUGCGUUUACUCCCCCACAAUUACCUAUCAAACGGGCAGCAAAGGUCUCCGAUAGAUACUUCAAGUACGUGGGUGAUUUGGCAAGUUACCUUGAAGGUUUUCUUAAGCGUGUGCGCCCUUUGGAGAACCUUCCCAAGCUGUUCGCAUCAUACGAUGAGGAGUUUGAAAAACUAUGGGCCGCCCAGGAAGUUCCCGGUUGGGGUCUUGAAGCAACUACGACUGACUCCGCCGGACCCAAAACGGAGGGAACAGGAGAAGGCAUAUGGUGUGCUGAUUGUGAAAAAGAGUUUAAGAAUGAGAAUGUGUACAAGAACCACUUGACAGGCAAGAAGCACAUCAAAGCUGCUGAAGCGAAAAAGGCCAAUGGGACUGCAACAACGAAUGGCGCUAGCUCAGCAGGCGCCAUCAAGGAUUCUUCCUUGAAAUCACUCAAAGAACGAGCAGUUGCAGAGCGCGAACAUCGCGUUCGAUGCUUGACAAAGACACUACAAUCCGAAAGGGAAGCAACCAGAGUGAAUGUGGAGCGAAAGCAAGGUAUGACGGAGCGUGAGAGGCAGAUGGAAAUCGAAGCUCUUAUGGCAGAUACGGAACUAUCAUCCGGUGCCUUUGGUCGCGAAGAAGAAUCCGACGAAGAAGGGGACGACAAGAUAUACAACCCACUCAAACUGCCGCUUGCCUGGGAUGGCAAACCUAUUCCUUACUGGUUGUACAAGCUGCAUGGUCUUGGUGUGGAAUAUCCAUGUGAGAUCUGCGGUAACUUCGUUUACAUGGGUCGACGUGCAUUCGAUAAGCACUUUUCAGAGGCGCGACAUAUAUAUGGCUUGAAAUGCUUGGGCAUCACCCAACAAACCAACUUGUUCCGCGAGAUUGUCCGAAUCGAAGAUGCAAUGCGACUAUGGGAGAAACUCGAGCAGGAAAGGAAGAAAGAGAAAGAAAGCAAGGAUAAUGUGGUACAGAUGGAGGAUGCCGAAGGAAACGUCAUGCCGGAAAGAAUCUACUAUGAUCUCCAAAAGCAAGGUAUCUUGUAA